GCAUAUGAAAAUGCAACCCUACAUAAAUCAACCGCAGCUAACAUUAGAUCGUGUAGUACUGAUGCCCAUUUGUGUCUUUGCGAACGCCGUUAAGCGUAGAGCGGCAUAAUUUCUGUCCAGGUGUUUUUGAAAUUAGAUUAUUGUUUGGAAGUUGAAAAAGCAAAAUUCCAGCACGUUAAACGAAUAUUAAUGACAAAAGCAAGCACAGUGACUGAGAACAGUGUGAAUUGAGCCGCAGAUUAAAGGACGAAAAUAAUACGCAUUUUUUUAUUUAAAAUGGCGCCAACAAAGAAUACCCGUGCAGUUUCUAAACAAACUGUAUCGACAACUAUAACCACAUUAAUGCCACAGCCACGAAAAGCACUUACUAGGCGAGGCACAAUUAAUGUGCAGGAUCAAAAUGUAGAUAUUAUCCAGACGCGCGGCAAACGUAAAGCCGAACAUAGUCCUGCAAAAAAUGAUAAAAUUAAACGAUCAGCGCUUGGCAAUCUCACAAACAAUGUUAAACUUACAACAAUGACGACGAAUAAAAUGCAUUCUGAAGAGGAUUUAAAACAAAACCAAAAUUUUACAAAGAGAAAAGAAAAUCACAUAAUUGGGACACAUGCACAAGUGCUUAAAGAAACGCAAAACACAAUCGGAAAUACGGAUGCGGUUGCACGUAAUGUUCCGCAAAAGAAAAUGGCAACUAGAGCAAGUACGCGGAACGCUAACUUGGCCAAUUCAACGAUUGCCAAAAUUUUGGAAGACAAUAGCUAUAAAGCGCCUAUACCUAAGAUUGAAACCGUACCAUCAGCGCCAUCAGUAAAAACACGAAAAUCGGAGAAUAACAAUUUAAUGCCUCCACUACCAGCUGCACCAGUUGCAGUAGCAGUACCCUUAAAACCAGCUCUACCCAAUAAGCCAGUACGAAGAAUUUCUAAUGAAUUCAAUAAAACUGAAGAAAGCUUAUACAUGUCGGCGCUGGAAGAUAUUUCCAGUUCCGAGUCGAUGCGUUUGUCUGGUAAUUUUGAAGCCGCAAAGCGACGAUCGGCUUUACUAUUGCAAGAGAAAAUGAAGGUGGAUGGUUCACCAGAUAAAGAAAUUGGUGAUAAACCUCCGCCUACAUCGGUUCCGGAAGGCGUUGAAGAUUUUGAUAAGGCCAACUGGAAUGAUAUCUUUCAAGUAUCUCACUAUGCCAUGGAUAUAUUUAAUUAUAUGAAAUCACGCGAAGAAGAGUUCCCUGUAACAGAUUACAUGGAAAAACAAAUACAUUUGACCAAAUGGAUGCGCACACUAUUGGUAGACUGGAUGGUCGAAGUGCAAGAGACAUUUGAAUUGAAUCAUGAAACACUCUAUUUGGCGGUAAAGAUUGUUGAUCUCUUUUUAUGUCGUGUCAUUAUCAAUAAGGACGUACUGCAGUUGCUUGGUGCAUCUGCGCUUUUCAUUGCAUGCAAAUUCGAUGAACGCACGCCGCCAUUAAUCGAGGAUUUCCUUUAUAUAUGUGAUGGCGCGUAUAAACAUAAUGAACUGAUUCGAAUGGAAAUGACCACACUUCGAACUAUAAAUUAUGAUCUUGGAAUACCAUUAUCAUAUCGAUUUUUACGACGUUACGCCCGUUGUGCCAAAGUUUCAAUGCCGACGCUCACAUUAGCACGUUAUAUUUUAGAAUUGUCACUAAUGGACUACGCCACUAUACAAUUUAGCGAUUCAAAACUUGCAUGUGCAGCUUUAUUCAUGUCUUUGCGCUUACAUGGCGAUACAAAUCCCUGGACAUUGACGCUGGAAUACUAUACUGGAUAUUUGUUGACAGAUUUCGCCGAAAUUGUACCGGUUCUAAAUGCUGCAUUGCAUCGUAAACCUAAAGUCAAGACAAUACGCAGUAAAUACUCACAUAAGAUAUUCCAUGAAGUUGCCAAAGUUCCACUGCUUACUACUGAAGAACUAUUUGAGAAUAAUUUAGACCUGAAUAUUAGCAUAAAACUUGAUGAAUCUAAGAGCUCGUAAAAAACACAAAAUUUAGCUAACUUAGUUGAAUAUUAUAUACACAUUAAACAUUACCAAUAAUCAACCCAAAUCAUGACAUAUUGAACAAUUAACAAACGUCAUCUGCAUUUUACAUCAUAAAACAUUAACCACCUCAACCAUAAUGUUUUUAGUUUUAAGCAACAUCGAUAUUAAAUUAGUUUAUAUAUUUUUGUUUUAUUUUUUAAGUUAUUUUAAUAAUGAACCUGAACAUUUGAUAAACAUAUUGCGUUUGCAGUUUGUAGUUUGUAUUUCGUUAUAAUUUUAUUAUGCAAUUAAUAUCUCCUCUAACCGAAACGAGGUGAUAUUCUAAAUUUAUACAAAACUACUGCGUGUAAUGUAAUUUCCGCGCACUUAUAGCAAAGAAAGCAUGCUCUCAUUUUUUUAUUUUGUUUUAUUAUUUUUAGUAUUUAAACAUAUUUCAGAAAUUAUAUUUCAUGUGGUCAUUUAGUCGCACAGCUAAUCCUGCAAGAGACCAAUAUGACUCAAUGCUAAAACACAAGGACUGAGGGAAUUCGACACCUACCUAAUAUAACAACACACAUACGUAAAGGGACGACCUAUGCACGUCCAUUGCCAUAUCAAAAGCAACUUAAUUUUGUAAACUAUCACUAUCAUUACUAUUAUGUAAAUUUUAAUAAAGCAUCGUACAACUCGAAACAA